UCUAGAAGUAGCGUCAAGGGUCACAACCACUAAUUUCCAAGCCAGAAUCUAUCUUCCGAAAAUGCCGAAGCUACCAGAAGACGUAAUCGCCGACAUUACAGUACGGCUUCCGGUAAAGUCUCUGGUGCGUUUCAAGGGCGUGUCCAACACAUGGCGUUCCAUGAUCGAGGACCCAGAUUUCGUGAAGCUCCAUCUCCAACACUCCCUCAAGACCGGCUCUAAUCACUACCUCAUGCUCAAAUCCUAUCAUCUCUACACAGUCGAUUUCGAUUCUCUUAACGCCGCUAUGGGAAUGGACCAUCACCCUUUGUAUACCUGGGCUGAUUCGCUGACGGAGGCAAUUGGUUGCUGCAAUGGGUUGGUUUUGUUGCGUAACACGGAGCAAGACAUGGCUUUGUAUAACUUCUCCACUAGGAUGUACCAUCGGUUACCUGUUGAGCCAAUAGCCACUUUCGAGCGCGUGUUGUGUGAUCCUCGGUAUGUUUUUUACGGGUUUGGUUAUGAUUUUGUAAACGAUGAUUAUAAAGUUGUGAGAGUGGUUUUGGGUUUAUAUCCUGAAGACGACCCUGAGGUUGGCGUUUACAGUUUGAAGAGUGAUUCAUGGAGAAGGCUGAAGACCCUCCCUGUUGGUAUUCGCUGGUUGUAUAGCCCGUCUUAUUAUUUGUUUUCUGGCUAUAGAUGUUUUGGUGUGCUCGUUGGUAAUGCUCUUCAUUGGGUGUCGCCACUGAAUCCUGAAAUUGGUAGCCCUUACUUGAUCGUUGCUUUUGGCCUUGGGAGUGAAGAGUUCCAUAUGGUUCCGCAACCAGAUUAUGAAUACGAGAUGUUUGAGAUGGAUUUGAGUGUAUUGGGAGGUUGCUUAUGCGUCCUUUGCAAUGACAAGGUAUCAUGGGUUGACGUUUGGCUGAUGAAGGAAUAUGGAGUGAAGGAGUCCUGGAGUAAGUUGUUUAGGGUAGAACAACCUGGAGUUCAGUUAUUGAAGGCUUUAGCUUAUUCAAAGAAGGGCAAUGAGGUUCUCUUUGUGAAGGAUGACCGGAAGAUUGUAUGGUAUGAUCCAAAAAGGAAAAGGACUAGGAGGGUGAGGAUUGCUGGUGUGCCAGUACCAUUAUGCGCGGAGUUUUGUAUUGGAAGCCUUGUUCCAUUGAGCAACAGUGAUGGGAAGGAGAAGGUGGAGCAGGAGAAAAAUAAAAAGCAAGAUGAGAUUCAUGAGUAGAAGAAAAGGAAAAAGAAGGAUGAUUUUCUAUCACAAGGGUUCAAAUUGGUUUUAUGAUAAGUGGAAGUGGAGGUUUCAGGGCUAGUUGGCUGUAGAACCAGGGUUUCAAUAGAUGUCCCCUAGUUAUCAUUUUGUGCUGCGUUGCUGCUCUGGGUCACGUAUGGUCACACGAGCAAAGAACAAAAACAGGCAGAGAUCAAACAUCAAAUUCCUUGGUUGCAAUGGAAUUUAGCAUGUCUUGUAGUGUUGGUAGCUUUGUUUUGGCCCCGAGUACUGAAUGAAAGUUUAAGAAAAAGGGGCUCUUUAUGGAUUAUUACCUUUAGCAUUUGCUAGAUUUUCCUAUGUAUGGUUUCCGUUUAUGCCUCAUGAACGAGCAGCAGCGAUAGGCUUUACUUCUGAUCAAAUAUAUGAUAGCUUUAGUUUUCUUUCA